UCCUGCGGCUCUUUCCCCUUCAAGCCCUGCUGAACUGCAGCAGCGAUGUUGAGCGCCAGGUUGGCGAGCUGCAGGCCGCCGCUCUUGUCCUCGGCGCUGCUGUUGCUGAGGGUUGCCCCGGGCGGCCACGCUGCUGCGGCUGCGUUUCAUGCUUCGGCGCAGCGCCUUCGCGGGGCCAACGUCGCGGUGGUCCUUUCUGGAUGUGGUGUUUAUGAUGGUACUGAAAUCCAUGAAGCCUCAGCCAUAUUGGUCCAUUUGAGUCGUGGAGGAGCCAGUGUGCAGAUGUAUGCUCCAAAUAUUUCUCAGAUGCAUGUUAUUGACCACAGCAAAGGGCAGCCAGUUGGGGGUGAAACAAGAAAUGUCCUGGUAGAAUCGGCGAGGAUCGCUCGUGGUAAAGUUGCAGACUUGGCUAAACUUACUGCAAAGGAACAUGAUGCUGUGAUAUUUCCUGGAGGUUUUGGAGCUGCUAAAAACCUGUCUACCUUUGCUGUGGAUGGGAAAGACUGUAAAGUGAACAAAGAAGUUGAACGUGUUCUAAAGGAUUUCUACAAAUCUGGGAAACCCAUUGGUCUGUGCUGCAUUUCACCAGUCUUGGCUGCAAAGGUUCUUCCUGGUACUGAAGUCACUGUAGGACAUGAAGAAGAACAAGGUGGUAAGUGGCCUUAUGCUGGAACUGCUGAGGCCAUUAAAGCACUGGGAGGAAAACAUCACAUCAGAGAAGUCACAGAAGCCCAUGUGGACACAAAACACAAGGUGGUAACUACCCCAGCAUUUAUGUGUGAAACCGAACUGCAUCACAUCUUUGAUGGCAUUGGGGCUAUGGUAAAAAAUGUGCUGAAACUGACAGGAAAAUGAAAUCUAUGUUAUUCAUAGCAGUAACAAUAGAUUUUAGUAAGGUUGCAGUCCUGAUGAUACUGACUUGGCAAGGGACCUAGGAUUGCAUUGGACUGAGUUGCUUAAAUUUCUAACACUGGAACAGCGUAAGCGUGUUGAAUCAUGAUUCCUUCCUUAUUUCAACAGCACUCUUUGAAACUUCAUGAAGACAGCUGACAAAUUGUUUAUUAUUCUGGAGACAUUUGCUGCAUAACAUGUUUUACUUGAUAGUGGCUCCAUUAGGCAAUUAAAAUGAAUAUUAUGACCUCUUAGAAUUUUUCUGAUCACUUUUUCUGCCUUUUCAGGGACUGCAGGUUAUAUGGUCCCAGUAGUUACAAUGUUACUGUGGAAAUCAUAACAAGGUGCACAAAUUAGUGAUCUGAACAUUGUAGAACUUGACAUUAGUAUUCCCUGUAUGGUGUAGUCUCCAGUGAAUGGAAUGUGUGAAUCAAGAAUAGCAAAAUUAGGGUUUCAUUUCUUGGGGCUAAAUCUUUGGGCUAACUCUUUGGACUAUAACAUUUUUGGGAUUCAUCUCCAACCUAAAUAAAGAGAAAAAUUCUAGUAAUUUGAAAAUAUGAGUAUGUGGUUGCGUAUACAUGGCAUAAAAUGUGACAUUACAAAAUUUCUUGAUAAAGAUUGCAGCUCUCAUCAGAAUCUAUACAGCAAGAAUAAAAUAAUAAAUUCCUGACUGGGCCAGUGUGUUUAGAUUAUCUUGCACAAUUACUUGGCGGAAUUCUAAUUGAAUGGAUUUUUAUUUUUAUUUUUUUGCAAAUAAAUUACUAUCAUUUGAAA